AUGAGAGUUGGCCGCCGUUCCCUUGAAAUUCCUAGCGACGCGGAUUCGAGUUACGGAUUCGGGUCUCCUCGAGACGUCCCGAGGCGCCUCGCGAUGCGACUCCUCGUGGGCGACAGCGGCGGGGCGGUGGAUGCGGCGACGACGAGGGUCCGCACGCCGGAGAUGGGUGUUCCGCGAGGAAGCAGUGGAAGGUGCAGCGUGAAUGCCCCAAGCACAUACAACCGCGACUUGAUAAACGGCGACUUUUCCAGGGAGUUCUGCCUUCAGGCUGAAGCGGGUCGCGAAGGGCCGCAGGGCCGUAACGGCGGCUCCAGGGCAAUGUUCCGCAGCAUUAGCGAGCACGUGGGUUCAGAUGAGACAACCCCGUCCUCCCCCUCUUGCCUCACACCCUCCGCGUCCUCUCCCAAUGGGAACCACCGGACCGCGUCGUCUCGCCGCCACCUGUCGCGCGUCGGGGCGUCGGAGCCGUUGGAACGCACCCUCCCCCGCAAAAGCCGCUUGAACGGCGACGACGACACUGACGCUGGGUCGGCGGCGACGGGCCGCGACGAAGCGACGGAGGUGGAGGAGGAGGAUUCGUCGGACGCGUCGGUGUCGAUGCGGCGCCUGGGGCGCGAGAUUAAUGAGCUGCGGAGGCAGCUCGAGCGAUGCUCCAAGAUUAAUAAGUGGCUAACCGAAUCUUUGCGUUCCGCGGAGCGCACCGCGGCGGAAGCCACGGCAGCCGCGCAGGUGGCCGAAGCGGAGCGGGACCACGUGGCGAAGGAGCUGGAGGAGAUGCUGAACGCGUGGUCGCAAGCGGAUAACGCGGCGGCGGCGAAGCAGGAGGAGGAGCGCACGUCGGUUGAACGAAGCCGCGCGUCACUGGAGCGGGCGCGCGCGGUGUUGGCGCAAGAGAGGGAGGCGGUGGGGAGGGAGAGAGACGAGGUGAGGAGGGAGCGGGAGGAGUUGAAGCGGGAGAGGGAAGCGCUGCAGAAAGAUAAGGAGAGGAUCGCGGCAGGGCGGGCGGUGCAAGAGGUGCACAUGGAGUGGAGCAAGGCUCACCGCCAGGCGGAGAUGAUGGGCGGGCGGCAGCACCAGCACCAUGUGACUCCCGAUGGUGUGCUUCUAAGGAGCGUGAGCAUGAACAGCACGUGUAGCACGUGCAGCACGUGCAGCUGCCUGAGCAGCACCCGAUGCAUCAGCGAGGCCAGGAGCCCUCGCGGUAACAGCACUGGUGGUUACAGUAGCAGCAGUAUCAGUAGUGUUGGAAGCUACUCUUCAGUUUUGGACUACGGCGCUAGACCACCCAAGUCUCCUGGAUUGCUGCAAGACCCGAGGAUAUCAGGGAGGCGUGUGAAGUUCUCUGUCAUUGACUGA